AUGGCUGCAUCCUUGCUCUCUCGCGGUUCCUACCUCCUCGUCUUCCCGGAAGACCUGAACGGGUCCAUCGCCUCCCCGGUCUACGCGAAGAUCUCGAACGCCAGAGGCACGGCGGUGACGGCGCUGCUCGACGCGGAUGGCGACGAGUGGGGACCUACGGUGAAGCUGCCAAGAGCUACUGCUCUGGCAAGAAAAGUCGACAGCAGGGAUGCCGAAGGCGAGAAACUAUGUGCCUGGGUCCGACAAGAUGUGUGUGCCAAGAUCGACGGCCACUUCUGCUACGGUCAAGUCACGGGACCCUCCGAGUCGGAACUCAUCAUCAGCACGAAGUCAGGUCCGGUGGAGACCAACAAGGCCGAUAUCUGCGACUCGGUGUAUCCCGUGGUAGCAAUGGUCAUGGGGUGUCACGAGUUCCCGCUUGACAGCUGGAGUUACGACCAACUAGACGAAAUGCAUGGUGCCAUCAUGGAUCGCCUGUUAAAUCCAGCUUGUACGACGGCCAGAAAGCGCGCCCGAGUCUCGCUUCAGCAUGUAAUCAACUACGUAUAUUACAUCGACGGUGGGAAAAAUGCUCCGGUGGACAUGGAAUCCUCCUUUGGUUCCUCUUUCUGCGACCUGAACCCAACCCAACCCGUUGGAACGAGCGUGGGUUCGUCUACACGAAGUCGGAACGAUGAAGGAACGGCUACUGCAGCUCCCGACACCACCGCAUUCUUCGACAUGACUGCCGUGGACGACGAUGCAGAAACCGCGGCAGACGAAGCCGUGCUCGCGCAAGCUUUAAUAUCGAACGGCACCAACGGUGCUGCAAAUGAAGGGCGCCUGGUGCCCAUCAAUCGCUCGCAACAUACUCAGCCAAGACCCGCGGGGCCUGCCCCGGAGCAACAGGGCCAAAGCGGGCACGUACCGUGCUCGGCUGUACCGGUGGUAGCAGAGCGAAUGAUUACCGAGACUUCAGCCGAAGUUGAAAUUCUGGAUCUAAUGCGGAUGCACAAACCGCACCUCCUACCCCACCUCAUGGAGUCUCGCCGAGUGCCCGCCACUGGAGCUAAACGCCCAGCGGAAAAAGCGGAAGACAGAGGGACAGCCAAACGGAGUAAAAUCAGCUUUGCACCAACGCCCGAGCAACGCCAAGUUCAUGACAUCGUCACCUCAGAUGCUUACAAAGGUAAGUCUCCCGCCUCUUGUAUGGAUUCAAUGGUGUCCAACGCCGAGCUCCUGUUGUGGGCCUACCCCGGUGUCGCAAUGCGCGCGUAUGACCUCCAGUUUGGAAGUCGUGGACUUUCGUUUCUACACUUUACGCCUGUGGAUCAUUUGGUUCGGCUCAAGCGUCAGCGGGAAAGCUUCGUGAACAUGAGUGAUUUCUCCGUCUCUGCCAAGUUUCUACCAGCCUCGGACCCCUCGUCGUGGGACGACAUCCUGGCCGGUGCGAUCGGUUUUCAGCAAUACUGUGCGGUGAUGUGUGAUGUGGUGACCCAACAACUCGCCACGACACUCUACAACUUCAUCGGUGCUCUCAAGAGUCGAAACAGGUGGCCCCAGGACAUGCUUCUCACGCUAGUACUGUGGAUCGACUCACAACUCGAGCAAUACAGGAACGCGGUGGCGGUCGACGGUGUAAAUGGGACAGCAACAAGAAACCUGAUUUCGUCACGAUUUAUUCCAGACAACCUCGAGCUACACGGGCUUAUACUAACCGCUCAGCGAGAAAAGAUGGAGGCAAUGACGCGGUCGGCUCCCUGCAACACCACUCGCUCCGAUGAGCAACCACGGCCACCACGUCCCCAGCGGCACGGUAGCAACAAAGGGAGGAAAGUACCUGAGGACAUCCCAAUUCCACGUCAGGAUGGGAAGGAAGUCUGCUUGAAGUUCCUGUCAAAGCGCGGCUGUCCAUCAAGCGACCCGAAUGUGUGCGACUACGCCAGCAGAGUGCACUUCUUCCCGGCAGCGCUGACGGAGAAGCUCAUAGGCUACAUCCGCCACAGAUUCGGCGGCAUCAAUAGCAAGUAUACCUCCACAUGA